AUGGUGCUAUUUGCAUGGAAGGAGAAGGGGAAUGAGCAGAAAAAGAGAAUGCAAGUGGGGAAGUAUCAGCUGGGGAGGACUCUUGGAGAGGGGAAUUUCGGAAAAGUGAAGUUUGCUAUGAGUCUUGAUUCGGGCCAGUCGUUUGCUGUCAAGAUCUUGGAGAAGACCCGGAUUGUUGAUUGCAGGAUCACUGAUCAGAUAAAGAGGGAAAUUUGCACUCUGAAGCUCCUGAGACAUCCUAACGUGGUCCGGUUACACGAGGUGAUCGCAAGCAAAAGCAAGGUAUACAUGGUUCUGGAAUAUGUGGAUGGCGGUGAAUUGUAUGAGCAAAUUGAAACCAAAGGGAGACUCUCGGAGGCUGCAGGCAGGAAAAUGUUUCAACAAUUAGUAGACGGCAUUAGCUACUGCCAUAACAAAGGUGUUUUUCACCGCGAUCUCAAGCUAGAGAAUGUCCUGGUAGAUGCAGAAGGAAACAUAAAGAUAUCUGAUUUUGGUCUUGGUGCAUUACCUCAACAUAUCAGAGAUGACGGAUUGUUGCACACAACCUGCGGUAGUCCCAACUACGUUGCUCCAGAAGUUCUGCACAACAAGGGUUAUGACGGUGCUGCAUCUGAUACGUGGUCUUGUGGCGUCAUGUUAUAUGUAAUUCUCACAGGGUAUCUACCGUUUGAUGACAGAAACAUUGCAGUACUAUAUCAGAAGAUUUUCAAAGGGGAUGUGCAUAUUCCCAAGAGACUGUCCGCGGGAGCUAGAAACUUGAUAAGAAGGAUUCUUGAUCCAGAACCUCGUACUCGAAUAACAAUGUCUGAAAUUAAGGAUGAUCAAUGGUUUAAGCGGAACUAUACUCCUGCAAAUCACGAUGAGGAUGAAGAAGAUACAUGCAUGGCUGUUGAAGUUUCGACGAUUCAUAAGUCGCCCUCAGCCGAAAAAGAUCUAGCUUCGCAUGCUCUUAUCAAUGCUUUCCAGCUAAUUGGCAUGUCCUCAGGCCUGGAUCUUUCGGGCUUAUUUGAGAAAGAGGAUGUUUCUGAGAGGAAAAUCAGGUUUACAUCUAACCAUUCUCCAAAAGAACUGAUCGAGCGGAUUGAGGACAUAGUUACACAGAUGGGGUUUAAAGUCAAGAAGAGUAGUGGAAAGCUCAAAAUGGUUCGCUUGCAUAAAGAUCAUAAAAGCCCGGUUAGUCUCUCAGUGGAAGCAGAGGUGUUUGACAUUAGCCCAUCCUUGUACAUAGUCGAAGUACGAAAAACUUGUGGAGAUGCUGUAAUGUACAGAAAGUUGUGUGAAAAGUUAGAGUGCGAUCUAGGCGUCAUAAGAAGCUAAGAGCUUCCGCACAGAGAAUUUUAAUGGCCAGGCCUGGUAUAUAUACAGGACAUUAGACCCUUAGCUCCAACUUGUAAAGAGCUGGUUUUUACAACAUUUUGCAGAAGAGAUUUGGUUUAAGACAAUCUGGACUUGUAGUUCUAGAGAAUAUACAAAGGACGUGUUUCUGAUUACGAAUGAGAAAUGAAAAGUGAAGACAUCUGGAAAAGGUUUAAAUCUGAAGUAGAGGGAUUCAGAACAAUACAAGUUCAUGGUCCCUGCCAGUCGAUUACGAGGACCUUUUAAAUGGCAUGUUAGUUUCUGCCAGUCGAUUGCGAGAACCUUAUAAAUGGUGGUUUCUAGUCGUUGGAUGAAUAUCCAACAGCCAGAAUUACAAACAUUUUUCUUAAUAUGGCCAACGGUUUUUAACCGAUGGACGGAGUCUCGUCCAACGCUUUUUAACCGCUGGACGGGGUCAUUUUACUUGUCCAGCGGUUAAAAAGGUUGACAUAUUAAAAUUUUGUUAUAAUCACUGGAUAUUCAUCCAAUGAUCAAGAACUAGCAUGCCAGUUAAAAGGUCCUUGGCUAUCAACUGCCAAGGACCAGGACCCACAAUACAAUUAAGUGUUGUAUUUUUCAAUCUUGACAAGUGUUGCAAGAAGAGAAUUUGCCUUGUGUGUUUA